AUGUCAAAUAUAAAUUCAGGCAAUCUAAAUAAUCAAAAUUCAAGAAACAUAUUAAAUCUAUUUGAUAAUCCAAUCAAUGAUAAUAAACCCGUUAAUUCAAAUCUAAACAAUAACAGUAUUAACAAUAUCAAUAACAGUAUUAACAAUAUCAAUAAUAUUAAUAACAUUAAUAGCAUUAAUAGCAUCAAUAUCAACAACAUCAACAGCAUCAACAGCAUUAAUAAUAUCAACAGCAAUAGCCAAAAUAAUACAAAUCAAACCCAAAAUAAUAAUAUAUCCUCCUCCUUCAGGUUACCUCCAAUCUCCUCCUUAUCAAGACAUAAAUCCCCCUUAAACAUUUCUCACAUAGGGAUUCAAAGCUUAUUAACUACUGACUCCAACAUCAGCAACAUCAGCAACAUUACCAGUAGUACCCCAAGAUUGUCCAACUUGUCUCCAAUUUCAAUCUCUAAUUCAAAUUCAAACUCAAACCCAAACUCAAGAUCAAAUUCAAACUUAUCCCUAGCUUCCUUAAAUAACAAUAUCUCCAAUAACCAUAAUUCUAAAACUAGAUCUCCUCAAAAUAUCAAUAUCAAUGUCAACAAUAACACAAAUAAUAUCAACUCUCGUUCAAUCUUAAAUGAUGAAAAUACUUACUACCAAUUACCUGCUGUUCCUUUCAAUGCAAUUGACAGAAGAAAACAAAAUCUAGAUAUUAAUUCUUCUACCAAUCCCAUAAAAACAACCCCAAUUUCUAAUUCCAAUUCCAAUUCCAAUACAAAAAACUCAAACAACUUGAGAUUACAACAACCUCAAAGAUCUCAACCUCAAAGAAGAACUGGCUCUAAUAAUAUCAACAGUCUACUAAAUAAUGAUGAUGACGACGAUAUCUCUCAUAAUAUCGUACUCAAACCUUUAAAUCUAUCAAACAACAACAACAACUCUACUAACAACUCUACCAACAACUCUACCAACAACUCUCACUCUCAUCAUCAUCAUCAUAGAAUAAUUAUUCAGCCAAAUCCAAAUCAUAACUUACACAACAUUCAAAACAAUAUCAAUAUUAAUAACAGCAACAACAACAAAAAUAACAACAACAAUAAUAGUAUUACCACCACUACUCCUACCAAUAAUAAUAAAAAUAACAUUCACUCAAAUUUAUCUAUUUUAUUGAACUCUUCUUCAUCAUCCCAAAAUAUCGCCCCCUCAAUAUCAAAUAUAACAAAUCCUCAAAACUCCCUGAUGAAUUCUUAUUCUCCUUACCAACCAUCUUAUCAAUCUCAUUCUCAAUCACAAUCUCCAAAUCAAUCCUAUACUCAACUCAAUCUUCAACCGCUGGCUCAUCAAUCUUCUCUUUCACAACAAUACAACAAAACCUCUCAAUCUUAUCAAAACCAGCAAAACCAGCAAAACCAGCAAAACCAGCAAAACCAACAAAAAUCAAAAUCACAAAAUCAAAAUCAAAAUCAAAAUCUAUAUUUAUCAAAUACUCAAAAUUCUCAGUUCAAUUCAUCACCUCAGUAUCAAAAUCAAUAUCAAAAUCAAUUAAAACAAAUUCCUCAACCUGAACUCCAAUCUCAAUCACACACACAUUCUCAUUCUCAGUCCCAUUCUUAUUCUCAAUCUCAAUCUCAGUCUCAAUCUCAAUCUCAAUUACAAUCAAAGAUUUUAAAUCCAAAAUCAUCUCAAUUGCUUCAAUCUCCUCUUCAAUCUCAGUCUCAACCUCAACCUCAGAAUCAUUAUCAUUCCCAAUCUCAAAACUAUUCGAAUAUUCAACCUCAGCCCCAACUUCAAAACCAAAGUCAAUCAAACAACCAACUGGACUUAUAUUCCAACUCUCAUCAGUCACAGAGAAGUAAUAAAAAUCUAAAUAAACACUUUCAAAAUAACAUUUUGAAUCCAAUUCAAUCGCUGAGUAAUCAAUCUAAUGUUUAUUCUCAAAAUCAAUCUCAUAUUUCAAUCAACAAUCAACAAAAUCAGCAAAAUCAACAAAAUCAACCACAACCACAACCACAAUCUCAAUCUCAAUCUCAAUCUCAAUCUCAAUCUCAGUCUCAAUCACAUUCAUUAAAACCUUUGCAAUUAACAAGUAUAUUACAAUCACCAAAGCAACAACAACAACAACAACAACAACAACAACAACAACAACAACAAUCACAAUCACAAUCACAGCAGCAGCAACAUCAAUUAAAGCUCCAAUCUCAAAUAAAACCUUAUGAGCAUCCUUUAAAACCAUUGCUUAAAGCAAACCCAAAACAAAUUCAGCAACAAAAAAUUAUUAUUGAACCAUAUAUUAAACAGGAAAUUAUAGUGGAAAAUGAUGAUAUUUUAAAAUUCGCUUCAAAAUUUCCGAGAAAACAUUUAGGUUCAAUUUUAUACACAACUAAACCAACAAUUGAAACAUAUAAAAAUUUCAGUAUUGACAUCAACGCAAAUGAAAGUAAUAUGCAAGAAACGUUUGCCCCCCUCAUUCCAGAAUUAAGAAGCUAUAUUAAUUGUUUAUUAACUAUUAGAAUACCCCAUUAUUACUUAAAUUCUCUAAAUAAUCCAAAUUUAAGUUUUAAAAGUCGACCAUUAUGGGGAACAGAUAUAUACUCUGAUGAUAGUGAUAUUGUUGCAAUAUUAAAACAUUGCGGCCAUAUUGAUGAGGAUAGUAACGAUUAUUUUCAAAGCAAUUCAUUAGUAUCAUUGGAUAAUGCUACCUCGUUGAUUCCUCAAGUUGAUUUAAGAGAAUAUAGAACAUUUAAAAAACUUAUUGGUAAAACCAAAAGAAAACAAAUCACUCCUGGAUGUCUUACAAACAAAUUGAAUAUAAUCAAUAACAAUUUAAAAUAUAUUAAGGAUAACAUUGAAAUUUCAAAAGAUUCCAGUGAAAUAAAAAAGAAUUCAAAAAUUACUGCAAAUAAAAACGGUAAAAAUAGCAAAUUUGGUAAAGAUAGCAAUACUUCGAGUCAUUUGUAUAGUUAUCAAAAUAGCAAAAAUCAAUCCGAUAUAUCUGUGGAAGUAAUAAUAUUACCAACUUUAAAGGCCUAUAAAGGAUCAUUUAGAAAUAAUCUAAAUUCAAGAAGCUGGAAUACAAGCCAUGAUGGUAUGUCAAUUGCAAUUUAUUCUGUGAAAUUCGAAAACUUUAGUAAAGUUCCUUCAAAUGAAAUUAAAAAUAAUGAAGUAGUGUACAAUAAAAACUUGGUGAAUAUAUUUGAAAACAUGAGUCAAGAUAGAAUCAAAAGAAAAAUAAUACAUGAACGAUAUAUAUUGUUUAAGAAAAUGUUUGAUGAAUUUAGUGGAGACUAUAGCGAUGAAAGCUCUGAUAAUAAGUCGAAUAACGAUAAGUCAUACUACAACGAGAAGAUCAAACAGAUCAGCAAAGAAUUUCACCCAACUUUAACUGAAGAGAAUAGAGCAAUUAAGAAAGUCAAAGUGAACUGA